CCCGGUGACAGCAGGGAUCGGCUGUGGCGCUCCCCGCCACCCUCGUGAGGAUAAGCGGCAAAGAAAAUGGAUGGAAAAGAAGACCGUUAUGUAUCGUGUCAAAAAUCUUCAAAAGGAUGCCGAGCCAGCUGGAGGGCGCCAUGGACGCGCUGAUCGCCGUCUUCUACAACUACUCGGGCCACGACGGGGACAAGUACAAACUGAACAAGGGCGAGCUCAAGCAACUGCUGCACAGCGAGCUCACCGACUUCCUCACGUCGCAGAAGGACCCGCUGCUGGUGGAGAAGAUCAUGAGCGAUCUGGACUCCAACAAAGACAACGAGGUGGACUUUAACGAGUUUGUGGUGCUGGUGGCGGCGCUCACCGUGGCCUGCAACGACUUCUUCCAGGAGCAGAAGAAGAAGGCCAACGAGUAG